UCCAGUCAUUAGAAAUGGCAAUGUAAACAGUAAAAAAUAUAAUAAAAACGCACUUUUUCUAAAUUAAACAAGAAAAUAAUGAGUUCGCGUAAUCCAACUACUCUUAUGAGCGUUCCCGAUGAACAAUUUGAUUAUCUUUUUAAAAUAGUUCUUAUAGGUGACUGUGGUACUGGCAAAACAUGCAUAGUUCAGCGACUGAAAUCGGGAAAUUUUAUAGAACGACACGGAAAUACAAUAGGCGUCGACUUUUCAAUGAAAACUCUCAUAGUAGAUGGGAAAAAGGUCAAGUUGCAGAUAUGGGAUACGGCGGGGCAAGAGCGUUUCCGAACAAUUACUCAGAGCUACUAUCGAUCGGCUAAUGGUGUCAUUAUCGUAUAUGACAUAACUAAGCGAUCUACAUUUCUGUCGCUACAGAAGUGGAUAGAAGAGGUGAGACGGUAUACAUCGUCCAAUGUGAUAGUCUCACUGAUCGGAAACAAAUCUGACCUCACCGACCAAAGAGAAGUAGAAACUGAAGAACCUCUUUCAUUUUGCCGCUAUGUUCCUGAAAUAAUGUUUGUCAUGGAAACAUCUGCUAAAGAUAACACAAACGUCGAAGACACAUUUCGAAACUUAGCAACUGAGCUAAAGAGACAGCAUGAUAACAAUGAGGGUCCACCAGCAGACUCGGACUCCAUUACGUUAGGCGAAGGCCACUCCAUCACCACUGGCUGUCAUCCAUGUAGGUCUUCUUAGAAAUAUUUCAAACAUGGCAUAUGGUAAAAAAAGCUAUGAAUAAUAAGAUAAAUCCACAAUCUCAUGCAUCUUGCUCGUGUUGAUGGUCACUAAAAGGUUAACCCGUUUCAGAAUGAGUAGAAAAUAAUUUAUUUGUGGGAUAAAAAUUACUUUGUCACUGUCUAACACAUAAUAUCUGAGAGUAAUUGCUAGAAUUUAUCCCACAAAUAAGUUUGAUAAAUAGGUGAUAUUUAUUUGUUCACAUUUUUUGUGAUCAAAAAUUAAUCCUUGCAUCGUUUUUAUUUACAAGUUUCUGGUCCUUGCCACACAUAGGUAAACAUGUAAUCAAUUAUUUAUGUUUAGUACCUAAAUAGGUAUUUAUAUAAAAUUUACGAAAAAAUCUCAUAAAGAAUCUUCAGGUCAUUACUAUUAUAAUGUGCCUUUUACGUAAUUUAUUGAAUCAAAAACUAUCAUGAAUUUAAGUACCAACAGGUACUUGAUUAUGUAUUCAAGUUAUUUUCGUGAACCAACUCCAGUUAAUGCUAUUAAACUUUAUUAAAGGAUAAAACAUACUUAUUGUAUUUACAAUACGAAAUUGUCAAAAUGAUCUGAUGGUAAUUGGUAGAUAAUCAAAGACCAAUUUACAAAGUUUUGAUAUUAUCUUUAUAGCAUUUAACAAGAAAUCAUGUUUUCAUAAUUUGGUGCUAGAAUUACCUGAUUUAUUAUGACAUUAUAGUACAAGCAAAUAUAUUGGGUAUCAUUUUAAUAUUGAACAUUGACAUUGCCAGAAGCUGAUCGAAAAAGCAUUAUUAUGAAAAAGAAACUACAAUGUACCUAUCUUAAUAUAUUUGCUAUGCUGUAAUUAAUUAUACCAGUGCUAUUAUUGUCACAGUGUCCCACCCCACCCUUAUUGUAAAAACUUACAUGAAUCUAUGAAUAAUUAUCAAUCAUUUUUAUUUCGAUCUAGACUUAAAUACGCCAUAUUUCUGUAAAGUAUUAGUAUGUUAUACUUUCGUAAUUUUAAUUGAAAUCAGAGAUUAAAAAUAUUAUUUAUUUAUGAGGUCAUUCACUAACUAUAUAAGUCUCAAUUAUAUUUAAAAUUCAAAAUACCUUCAGAAUGAAAUAUGUACAGAGGCCUGCACAUAAACUUAGCUCCUCUUAAGGCCCCAUUACACAAUGGCUCAUGCUGCCCCACUACAGGCCAUUGUGUACUGGAACCUUUAGAGGGACAAGCAUUA